AUGGCUAGCACUUGGAAUCAUGUCAAGCGUGUUACCAUUUUACAGGCUGAAGGGGAGCGCUACUUGUUCCAAUUUCAUCAUAAGAUGGAUGCGGCUAAGGUCAUGGAAGAUGGUCCAUGGCAUCUUGUUGUCGAAAAGAUUGCUCUGGGUGUUGUCCAUCUGAGUGUUGACCUGAAUCACAUGGACAUGUGGGUGCAGGUACAUGGCCUACCAUUUGGUUUUAUCCAGCAGAGGGUAGGUCAAGGUAUCAGCCAAUUUUUGGGUGAGUUCAAAGCUUAUGAUAUUCGGAAUACUGUGCAUAACUCCUACAUGCGCAUCAAAGUCAAGCUGAAUGUUACUCAACCGCUGAAGAAAGAAUGGAAGGUUCGUGUGAAUGACGGAAACUAUGUACCAGUGUUUUUCAAAUAUGAAAAACUCGGUGUUUUUUGCUACAGAUGUGGUCUUCUUGGCCAUACAGACAAAGUGUGUCCUAAGCUCUUUGAGAUCAAUUUUGAUGAUGGUGUGUGA